AUGGAUAGUUCGUACAGUAGUAUUGAAAACUCUUAUUCAAGUAUUGAUAACCUUUCAAACAGUACAAAAGAUCGGAGAAAGCUAGAUAUCAGUAUAUCGGAGCAGCUUGCUAGUUUCGGAAGAUUGAGAAUUUCAGCACUGACAAAAGCUGCGGAAAUCAGUCCUUUAAUUAAAGAUGUAACGAUUGGCCCUAGAAGUCCUUUAAAGAAGGAAAGAAUUAUUCAAGAUACACAGCCACAUUCUAAACCAGAAAAAGUUAUAAACCUUCUAGAGGAUAAGCUUGGUGAUGGCGAUUUAAGGCAUUCAUUACUAGUAAAAAAGUAUGAAGCAAAACUUCAAGAGACAUCUCAAGACUUAUUUAGAAAUUUAAUAGAAAGAAUGAUGACAAAUCAUGCAGAAGCAAUGGAUACAUAUUGGAAGAGGCAACAUGAUGAAUCACAACGUAAAACUUUGGAAUUACGAGUUAGGAAGCUGCAAAUGAUUAAACAAUUACGAGAAAGUGACAAUAUGUCUGUAUUAGAAGAAGCAAAACUUGAUGAACAAAGAUGUCAACUUAUAAAUAGACAAACACUUGAAAACAUGAAUAGAAUUUUGGCAGAACAAAAUAAAGCUACUGCUAGAUUUGCUCAGAUUACCGAUAGCCAUACUAAAAUUUGCAUUUGUUACAAUGAAAUAAUAAGUAUAAUUCAAUCUGAUGAGCUUGCUAAAGAUAUUGGAUUAAAACAUAUGACAAGCAUUAAUGAUAUUCUUAGUAAUAUGUCAGAUAUAAUGAAUUUAUGUAAAAGUGGUGAAAUUACCGACAAGAAAGUUCAACAGUCUGAAGUUUUAGCAUUAAAUAUGACAAAUAUAAAGGAAAAAAUAAUUAUUGAUUUAGAUACUGCUAAGAAAGAGCAGACAAAAAGGAUACAAGAAGAAGAGUUAAGAAAAAAACAGCUAGAAGAAACUGAGAUGCUUAAAAAACAGCAAGAAGUUAAACAAACUAAGAAGUCUGGCCCCCUUUUUUACUCCGAAUCAAAUUAUGCAUACUACUUAGAACUCCAAAAUUACCUUACAGAAUAUGAAAAUAGAUAUAAACAACUUUUAGAAGACAGUAAUUUAAAAAAGUUUAAAUUUGAUUGUCAAAAAGCAGUAAAUACUCCAAUUAAUGCAUUAUCCUCUGUAAGUGGCACCCAUAUGAGAAACACAUUGGAGAAGUUAGCUAAACUGCUUCGAGGUGAAAAAGUUGAAAUCUCAGAUUCAUAUGUUUCUGCAUCUCUACACCCCCAAGGGCUCUAUUACUGCAAUGCCCUUUUAGCUAAAAAAAUUGUAAGACAAGGUGAUCUUCUAGUUUCUAGUAAACCGGAGGCUGCAUUUCCUCUAGCUGCUUUAGCAGUUGCACUGUGGGUUGAGUUCCCAGAAUUUGGUAGACUUCUUGAAGCAUACUUCCAUAAACAAUGUCCAUAUCUGGUCCCUAUGUUUUUGCCACAAAAACAAGGACAAACAGAUAGGGAGUUUUAUUUGUCACGAGGAUAUAUUUAUAAUGAAGAUAACAUAGUUGAAAAGCAAGAUAAAUUUCUUAAACGAAUAUCUGGAAUCUUUAGAUUAAGAUGUGCUAUUUGGAUUGCAAAGACUCCAUCAUUUAUAUCUGCUUCUAACCCACAUAGUCUGAGGCAUGGUUGGAAAUGGCUUGCCUCCUUCAUAAAUUUAAAACCUGAACCUGACAUCUGUGCCACAUUAUUACAUGAUUUCUUUAAUGUUUGUGGAGCUGAAUUUUAUAAGCACUAUGGUAAACAGUUCACAAAGAUUAUAAAAAUAGUAAGCACUGAGUAUUUGGCAAUUUUACAGAAUAUUGAUGAAGGGGGGCCUAAAACAAGAUUGGAGGUAUUUUUACAGACUGUUCUUCAAAGUGGAACUAUACCACCACCUAGUGGAUUGCUACCUUCUAACCUUUGGUAG